AUGUCAAAAUGUAAAUUACUACCAGUUAAUCAAAAACAAAAUGUACAAUGGUCAUUAGCAUGUGAAAAUUUACCAUGUAAUAUUGAAAUUACAUUUACAGAUGAAAUAAAUGAUCAUUGUGAAUUAUUGUAUAAACAUGACAGUAUAAAUAUUAAUAAGCAAGCUUUAUUUGGUGAAUUUAAAACACAACUGAGUGGAUUUGUCAGCAUUAUUAUUUAUAAUCAACAACAGCAACGAUCAAGAACAAUUUGGUAUCGUUUAAAACGUCGAAAUUUAUCAAUAUACCUUCUAUUUGAUGGUAUAUUCAAUAUGUUUUAUCAACGUGUUUAUCCUCAACAAACAAUAGUAAAAGAUAAUGAAGCUAGUCAGUUAGUGGAUGAAGUAUUUAAAGUUACUGAUCGUUAUUGUGAAUCUUUCUUUCUUGUGUUUCUUCUUCUGCCAGCACAAUCUGAUAAACAUUUCGCGUUUAACGAAUUAUAA